GUCAAGCUCCACCCGUUUUAACAGAGUUGACUUUACGUUAUAAAGACAAACGUUAGUUCAACGCGCAUCCGAGGUAACGUUACUUUUCUGUUAAGAUUUCCAAGGUCAGGUAUAACGUUAGUUCGUCUAUUAUAACACACUCGCAUGCGCUACGUUUUGGCAAAUGUCUGCCCAUGACCUAACGGGGGGUCUAGCUUCUCCCUCUCCGGAUUCACAAAAGGCUGCUUGCGGAUCUUGCGCUAUUUGUAAAACACACCUGAACUCUUCCACAGAGCCCAAACUUCUGCCUUGCCUGCACACAGUUUGUCACGCUUGCCUUGUGAAGACCCGCAGAGAUGAAAGCACACACGAAUGUCCUUUAUGUGGGCAGUCCUUCCGUUUUUUCGAGGUCACAGAUUGCAUUGUUUUUGAAGAUGCAUCUAACAGUAAAGAGGACCCCAAGUGCAGUGCUUGUGAAGAGACUGAAGUUAGUGGAUGGUGUGUCCAGUGUGAGGAAGCUUUGUGUUCAGACUGCGUGUCCGCUCAUCAUAGGGUCAAGGUGACGCGUGACCAUGAAGUCAAACACACAAUACCACCCAUAGUUGGGAUGCCCAGAAAACGUUGUCCCUCACACAGUCAGGAGAGCUUGAGGUUCUUCUGUAUUGUCUGUGAAGAACUGACAUGUAAAGACUGUCAGCUUAUUACUCACAGAGGCCACAGUUUUGUGCAGCAGGAGGAAGCUCAAGAGUCUCAGAGACAGCGGCUGCAGAGUUUGCUGGAGUCCAUCAGAAAACAAAAAGAGGCGGUUAGCACCAGCCUGCAGCUCCUUGAAGCGAGAUGUAAUGACAUUCAGACUAUGAAGUCACAAGCAUCAAAGGCAUUAGCACAACUGGUUCACAGCAUUUAUCAGUCACUUCUUCUGAAUGCUAGGCAGACCUUCAAGGAGGUUGAGGCACUGUGUGCAGAAGAAGUUAAAGGUUUGUUGCAGAAGAAGACAUUACUAAACAAGAUGGAGGACUAUCAGGAUUACAUGGCUGCUUUUAUUGACAAGAUACUGAGCACAGAGGGCCACUGUCUCCUGAUCCACAAGAAGAGAAUUGAGACCCAGUUGAGAAACCUUCUGUCCCAGAAGACGUGUCCACCUGAGACCAUGUUUGAGCUACAGCUUCAGAUUCAGAAAGACCACUAUAACAACAUCAUGAAAUUCGGAUUUAUGAGGGUUCGAAGGAUUACUGUUCCAUUUACAUCAAGCAUCAAUUCCAACUUUGAAAAGUCUGGCGAAGGCUUAAAUCUUCCAUCUGGCAGAGCAAACUCAGCUCUGCUUGCCACCAAUGUUCAUCCUCUUCUGUCAUCCUCAAGUUCUGAACAAUCCACUGAAGGCGUCUCUACUCAAUCAAAACAUCCUCACAGUCCCUCAUCUAACUGUGUUCCAGAUGUUCCUCCUCCUCCUAAAACACACAUAAAUCAUCCGCCACCUGGGAACCCCACUGUACCUGAAAUACAGUCAACCAAACCUAGGAAGACCUGGACCUUUAAUUAUUUCCCUGACCCUCCACUAGUCUCCAACCAGACUCCAUUGCAGACACAGCAGGUACUAACCAACACCCAAGCAACUAUCUUUCCAAAACCAGUAUUGACCAACCACCCAACAUCCAGAAUCUCCCACCCAAUACCAGCCAACAAUCAAACACCUGUAUUUCGAUCCCCUAUACCAGCCAAUUCUACUUAUACCCAAACCCCUAAGCUCGCCCAAACAAUCCCAGCCGAUAAUCAAACGCAAGCACACCCAAUACCAUUGGAUGACAGAACAGCUGUAUUCACUCAACCAGUACUAGCCAACAAUCAACCAGCUAUACUAGCCCACACCAAACCAGUUGAUGAUCGAACAGCUGUACCCGCCCAACCAAUACUAGCCAACAACCAACCACCUUUACUCACCCAACCGACACCAGUAGAUGAUCGAACGACUGUACUCACCCAACCAAUACAAGCCCACCCAAUACCACCGUAUAACCAAACAGCUGUUCUCACCCAAGCAAUACUAGCCACCAGUCAACCACCUAUAAUCAACCUUCCAACUUCAGUUCAUGACAAGAUGAUUGUUUUCACCCGACCAAUACAAGCCCACAGCCAGCCACCUAUACUCUCUCUUCCAAUACCUUCCAUCAACCAAACAGCAGAAUUGACUCACCCAAUACCAGUUAUAACAUCCAACAAUCAAACAACCUUACUUGCCAGCCCAGUAUCAAGCAUGCCAACUGACACCCGAACACUCAUACUUGCCCAUCCAAUACAAGCCAACAUCCUGGAAAUCAUGCACACGUUUCCAGCACAACCCAAUAUUGCCUUAACUGAUCCUUCAAACACACUUUCAAAUGCUACAGUAUAUAAAGACCACUAUACUGGACUCCCCAGGACAGAAAAUUCCCAGCUCCAUGGUCGUGGGGCAUUGUAUCCCACCAGUCCAAGCAUAGCUGAUCGAUUCUUAUCAUCCACAAACCCAACAAGUUCUCCAUAUAAUUGCAACAACCUCCGGACCAACCUUCCUGUCAAGGCAUUGGCUGACUCUGCCUGUGAUCAAGUUGCUUGUGUGAGCAGCACAGAUUUCACGGAUACGGAGAAUCAAGGGAACAACUUGCCCACCUCCACUGUGUCAGAGACUGAAGAACCCUCUCCAGCUCCUGGAAGAGAUUGUGUAAACCCUGCUGUCCCAUCCAGCAUUCUUAAGGGUCUUCUCGCUGGCACCACUGUGAAACGUUCUCCUGGAAGUUCUCAAUGUCUACUGAGAUCACCGCCUGAGGGUGGGCAAUCUAAAACUGGUCAUUUAUCCGAAAAUAACUCUUUUGAAACAGGACACUGGAGUAUUGGUAUGCCAACAUCUUUCCAUCAGCUUGUAAUGAACACAGGCGUGCCUGUUUGCUCGGACAAUGUAAAUGACAAGGCUCUGUUGGAUUCUGUGUCCUGUAAUGGAUCAGAAAGCAUAACUUUACUUGUAUGUGAGAAGACGACAACAACACAUGACAGGACUCUCCAAAGUGAUUUUAAAAAGGAGGAACCGAAAGAGGAAGAUGAAGAAUCUGCAGUAACAUUGGAACACCAACAGCAAUUCAAGAGAUUUCUACGCGUUAACUUAUUGCGCCUGCCUGUCUCUCUGCCUCCAUGCGGGCAGACACUUCCAGAGUUCCACCUUACUACGGAUAGCUUUGCCGAUCAUACCUUUGUGGAGAAAACCCAUGGGAUUAAACAAGUGUGGAGAUGGAACAAUGAUCCAGAGCCGUCGAAAGCUUCUUCUCUAUCUUCUCAAGGUAGCGUCAGCCCUCUGUCAUCUGAAGUACAGUUCUGCUCCAUAUGCCAGUCGGCAGGAGCCACGCUUCUGUGCUCCGAAUGUGGCCGUGCUUUUCACUCCGACUGUCACAUACCACCCAUCUUUGUCAAACAUUGUGAGGAUUGGGUGUGUUUGCUGUGUCUGAAUGUCAACGAUGAGAUAAUUAUGUACGGCAGCGAGCAGAAACUCAGCCUGAGCCUGCAGGAUCAAAGAAAAUGUGAGAAGCUCCUUCUUAGUCUAGUUUGUGAUGAGAACAAAUACCUACUCUACAAUAUAAAGCGCUCAAAAAUGGCAGAAUUCGAUAUAAUACUUGGCCGGUUGUUGGGGAAACAGAAGCCACCUUAUCGGACUCCAGCUGAACUAGUUUCAGAUGUUUGGACACUUCUUGACAUCCUGUCAACAAACUCUGAGAAGAGAGACGUGGUUGUCAAGCUUCAAACGUCUUUUCAGCAACAGCUGAAUGAAUCGUUCGGGAAGAGUCUCCAUGCUUCUCUUCUUAGAUGCUCCAGCAGCACCUCAAACGCUUCAGACGUUGUAUCUCAAAGAGAAAAGCAUAAAAACACUUUAAAACGGAUGCGUGAUUUUUUCACGACCAACUGUGGUACAGUAUUAAAGAAACCCUGCUUUGACAGAGGGAUGGAAAGCGAGGACUGUUGGAACCCUGAAGCCAAUGAACAUUUGAUCGAUUGACUUGAAGAAAGUUUCUUUUAAACCACAAUAAAACUUGUGGAGAAGAAACAACCUUACUGUACAUAAUUAUUUAUUGUAACUUUUGUCAUUAGUCUUACAGCAAAAUAGUUAAUACAGACUUAAAACAGUGUUUUUGUUUUAUACAAGAAUAUUCGCGACUCCUCUUAACAGAAAUGCCACUAAAUGUGACCAUGGACAACAAAACCAGUCUUAUGGGUCAAUUUUAUUCGAGAUUUUUACGUAAUCUGAAAGCUGAAUAAAUAGGAGUUAUAUUGAUGUAUGAGUUGUUGGAAUAUGACAAUAUCUGGCCGAGAUACAACCGAGAGAAACAAAAUAUUGAGAAAAUUGCAAUGGAAGUUGUGAAUCAGUGGCACUGUGGCAGGCCAACCACUCACAGGAAAUGUACAAAAUAUCUCAAUGAAACAUGACUUUUACUUACUAUCCUAAUGAUUUUGUGCAUAAAGGAAAAAUCGAUCAUUUUGACCCAC